AUGUCGAGUUUGCAAGUCAACGAUCCACGCUCGCGUGGCCGCUCCAAGUCCCCUAGCGGUCGAAAAGAGCGCUCUCGGUCGCGCGACGUUCGCGCUCCUUCUCCGUCUGUGGAUCUUUCUUCAUCUUCGAGGACAGGGAAAAAAUACUAUGACGAUUCCGACUCAGCCGAAGAAAAGAGACGUGAAAAACGCCGAGAAGCUAAAUAUUCCAGUCGGAGCGGCCGUGAAACCAAGGAAUCCGGUUCUAAAUAUGAGAAAUACGACCUCUCUGACUCAUCGGACGAGGAGCGAUACCGAGCGAAGGAGCGUGCUAAAGACCGAUACUAUCAUUCAGAGGAAGAAGAUGACUCGAAAAAGCGUUAUUAUGAGAAAUCCUCGAGUCGGUCAAGUAAAUAUCAGGAUGAAGACGACAAAAGGCAUCUGGCUUCCAAGGGUAGCAGCCGUGGCCGCCAUUCGCCGACGUAUGGGAGUGAUUCCGAAGAAACGGAAAGUGACUCUGACCUCAGCGCACUCGCUUAUGGAGAUGCCCGGGACCAUCGCCGCAAUUACUCAUCUCAGGAUCCUCGGUCAUCGCGCGAUUCAAUUUCAAAGUCUCACAGGGUGAGCUCGACCUAUCGCCCAGAUGACACUAGUCGUGAGAAACCGGGCGCACAUCCAAGUUACUCCACACCAGACCAAUUCGCAUUCCAGCAACCUGGCCAGUACCCCGACCCAAGGCUCUACGGUCACAAUGGUGUUCAGAAGGUCCCUCCUGUCUUGCCUCCUGACUGGGCUCCUAUUCCUCCGAGCGAGAUGCCUGGUUAUGUGCCGCCGAGCACUCAUCCUACUAGCACGCAGGCCAUUCCAGGUGCUUUUCCCGGCGGCUAUCCAGCUACCGCUCCCCAACAACCCAACCCAUACUCGCAGGCACCAGCAUACACUUCGACGUCGUCGUAUGCGAAUCCACCUCAGUGGCAGUAUGCUAAUCCCGAUCCCAAUAUCAAGUAUGGUUCUAAGAAUGAUCGACCAAAUUACACCCAAAGUAACGAAAGUCAAUUCGCAAAGCCGUAUACCGCGAGCACCGAGCCGCAAUUCUUGGAGAUCGCACCGGGACGGUCUCGCGCCGAGAGCACCAGCCGCCAUGGCCGUCCUCACAGUCUAUCUGUAUCUAGCAAUCUUUCAGUAGGCGGAAUGAGUCACACAGGCGGCCGUCCUCCGGCCAGCCCGUUACUCGAAGCAUACAAAGGCACUUAUCAGUCUAUUUCGCCUAUGCCUUCGCCUAUCAUGAACCCAGCAGGCCUUGCUCACGAUGAUGAUAUUUCUGACCUUGAAGGAUUAGGAGGGUCUGGCUCGGAUCGUCGCCGAAAGCACAAGUACAGCAAAUCCAGGGACGACAAGAAAGAAAGAGAACGAGAAAAGGAAUUAGAGAAAGAUAGGAAGAAACACGGAAGACAUUCUAGUCGCGCUGGUGAAGAAGUAAUUUUGAUUGCACCAUCAAGCCGCAAGAAAGUCAUGUUCUAUGAUCCGGUGCCAGAUGCAAUUGCAUUGAAAGAAGCACUUUCUCAUCGCACUAGUGUUAAUACGACACCGCUUCUCGAGAUCUUGCCUAGUCUCACGAGCGAUGAAAUACUAACCCUGCGGCAAGAGUACAAGACCCACGCCAAGGUCCAAGGCAAGGGAAUCAACAUAGCCAAGCAUAUUAAAAUGAGACUGGGUAGCACUUCCUUUGCUAAAGUUUGCUACGCUACCGCUCUUGGCCGAUGGGAAUCUGAAGCUUACUGGGCCAACUGCUAUUACCAGGCGGGUACCUCAAGGCGUGAGCUGCUCAUUGAGUCUCUCAUCGGACGAAGUAAUUCGGAUAUCCGCGAAAUCAAGAACUGCUUCCGGGACGCGCGAUACUCUGAUGAUCUCGAGAAGUGCAUGAAGGCUGAAUUGAAAGCUGACAAAUUCCGUACCGCCAUUCUGCUGUCGUUGUCUGAGCGAAGACAGCCAGAGUCUCAGCAGAUCGACUUACAUCUGGUGAAGCGCGAUAUUGCUGAAUUGCAUCGUGCAUUGGUCUCUAGAGAAGGCGGCGAGACAGCGAUGAUAAACAUUAUCUUGCUUCGGAGCGAUUAUCACUUACGGGAGAUUAUGAACGAGUUUGAUACUCAACUUAAGAGAAAUUUUGCAAAGGAGGUCAUUAAAAAGUCACCAAACCUGGUUGGCGAAACGCUAGUGCACGUUCUCAACGGAGCGAUCAACCGCCCGAUGCGCGAUGCACUACUCUUACAUCAAGCUAUCCGCGAGUCUCGACCUGGCAAAGAGCGUUCUGAAUUGCUCAUCUCGCGGCUUGUCCGUCUCCACUGGGAGCCAAAACACCUGGAGCUUGUCAAAGAGGAAUAUCGUCAUCGGUACAAGGAGCGCGUGGAGGAGGCCAUUGCACAAGAAAUCAUCACGUCUAGUGGAGGUAGUGAGUGGGGUGAGUUCUGCGUCGAACUGGCGCGGAGCUCAUCCAAAUUGAGCCAGUUGAAGUAG